UGCAUAGCCCAAGAGUAUGUUUUGCUAACCACGAGGAAUUCCAUUCACCAAGAAAGUUAUCUCUACGACGGUGUUCUCCACGGGAGUUUGAGCAACGUUGGUUCAAGAAUAGAAACGUUUGCGAGGAUAAACACUUGUUCACGUUUUGUGCGACCUAAAUAGCAGGUUAACUAACGUAUGCAGAGCUUAAUUGGGUUACUUGAGCCUACUUGAGGCUAUAGAAAACAUUGGAUGGGAUCAUCGGUGCGUUGUUGGGAACAUGGACCACGGACCACGGACGCAGCAGGUUGACCUGCCUAACGUGGUGGUGGUGGUGAAAGAAGAAUAUAUAAAAGAGGAGGAAUAUGACCUUAAGAUUGCAUGUCAAGGUGAAGACGAAAAGCCCUUUGCAGAGCUUGACUGUAAAACUGAGACAGACUUCGCAGGGUCCAACGUUACUUAUCCUACUGAAACAUGGACAAAGACGGAGAUCGAAGUGGAAAUCGAAGAAGAGGACGAAGAGCACAAUUAUCUGCCGGAAAGUGUAUCAGACCACUCGUAUGCAAUUCAAGAGAAAAUCCGUGGACAAAGUGAUGAACUCAACCUGCAACUCGAAGGAACGCUGCACCACUGCUCAGUCUGCAGGAAGAGUUUCACGACCCUCACUAAACUUGAGAAACACCAGCGAACACACUCUGUAAGCAUGAAUGAAAAGAAGUUGUCAUGCAGCAAAGCCCGCAAGAGGAGUUUCACAGCUCUGACUGAACUCAAGAAAGACCAGAAAACACACUCUGUUAGGGUGAAUGAAAAUGAUUUGUCACAGAACAGAAAGCCACAUAAAUGUGCUCAUUGUGAAAAAGCAUUUACAAGAGCCACAGUACUGAAGCAACACAUGCUUGAACACGUUGGAGAGAAGCCUCAUAAAUGUAUUCUAUGCGGGAAAGGUUUUUCACGAAUAUCACAACUUGAAUUUCAUAUACAAACUGAAGAAAAGCCUCUAAAAUGUAUCCACUGUAGAAAAAACUUUUAUUAAAAGUUGGGACCUGA